CCUCCCCCGACCCGCCCCGUUGCCAUCCCUACGCACCACCUGCCGCCGCUGUCGUCGCGCGCUACCCGCCGCCGUCGCCCGCUCCGUCGUCGGCACCGGCCAGAUCCGGCGGUGACGGGCCGGAACCAGCCGUGGAGGAGCCAAAUCCAGCGGCAACGGCGCCAGAUCCGCAGCCACGCGCCGCGCCGCCGCCGGCCCUCCCAACACGCCGUACCGCCUCCUCGCGCCGGAGAUGGGCUGUCGCCGGGGUUGUGGCCCCGCUGCCGCCAUCCCGACGUGCCGCGCGGUUUCUGGCGGCACACUCCGGCGGCGGCGAGGCGGGGGAGAGGAGGGAAGGGUGGCGGCAGCCAAGGGUUAGGGUUUCGCCCCCGGUCGCCCGCGUGUGGACGACAGGGGGCACCCAGUUCACCAGCCUGUACUCGACCCCAAUCUUUUCUGGUAAUAGUACUGUUCAAGGAAGCAAUUCAAAAUUCGAUGUCAAGAGAUCUAAAAUAAACUUAUUCCAUGCAACAAGGUCAUCUCUGGAGCUUCAACGUGGCCCAGCCCGACUCAUUCACAACGCAUCCGCGUUCGUGACAAUCACGUCCAUGCCUUUGCCUUUGCCGUCGUGGGAUCCAUCUCGCGUCCUCGCGCAAAAUACCGCAUAAAAACACGGACGACGUCGGUCGUGGCUUAGCCAGCCCGCCCCCCGUACGCCGCAGUUCCCUCCCGUCGAUCGAUGGACGGCGACACGACGUUCACGAAGCUGUUCGUGGGGGGCCUGCCGUGGGAGACCAGGGGCGACGCGGUGCGGCGCCACUUCGAGCAGUUCGGCGAGAUCGUCGAGGCCGUUGUCAUCGCCGACAAGCACACCGGCCGCUCCAAGGGCUACGGUUUUGUACGCCUCGCCCAUCUCCGAUUCUCCUUGCUCCUCCUCCUGCAGAUAGCAGCUGGCCUCCGUUUAAACUUAUUCCGGCGCAUGUCUGUUUCGGCAGGUGACGUUCAGGGACCCCGACGGCGCGGCGCGGGCGCUGCAGGACCCGACGCCGGUGAUCGACGGGAGAAGGGCCAACUGCAACCUGGCGGCGUUCGGCGCGGCGCGGCGCGUGCACCCUGUCGCGGCGCCGUUUGGUGCAGUUUGAUUUCUCCUUUUUGUCAGCCGGAUUUCCCCAUCACAAUAAAACCGGAUUUUUCGCUGAUAUCCUAUUGUGCUGUUGUUUCAGGGAUGGCCAGAUUGAGGCCCGCAAUGAUCGCGUCGUCUUCGUCGUACCAGGGCUCUGCUCCUUCCUACUUCCCCCAAGUUCUGUACGCCUACCCUUACUGCUAUGGAUACCAUGGAGGAUAUUCUCCGGAAAUAACGCACCAAGCGCACAUGGGCUACUAUGGUGGAUACGGUGUAUCUGCAGCACAGGCACAGCAGCAGCAAGCACAACUGCACGCGUACUAUGCGGCUGCUAGGCCGGCCGGAGCUUACCAGUUUCAGGCGGCCGGUGAACAGACGCGGAGCGCUCUUGCCCCAACAGUACAGUAUUUGCAGAUGUGCGAAAAGUCAGGAAUGACGACGGCUGGAAGCGUCUCAGCCGUUGAAUCAGGUGCUUCCGAAGGAUCGUCUGAUCAGCGGCCCGCGUCAUGACAAUUUUCCUGAUCCGAGCAACAAGCCAAUA